CCGCUGCAGGAUGAACUCUCUCGUGAAAUGGUGCGUGGGGCUGCUCGUGCUCGUCUCUGUGCUCCUCAACCUCGUUCUGAUCGUGGUCUACUCCCGCGGGACUCCCACGUGCUCGGCCCGGAGUAAACAUGAGCCGCGGGGGAAACAUGACAAGCGCAGUGGCGUGUUCGCGGACCUGAGCCGGGACGAGUACGCGCAGGUCCAGGAGUACAUGCUCCGACAGAAGGACCUGAACAUCUCCACGCGCCAGGGCACGAGACCGGAUGAGAACUUUCUUUUCCUCAUUGACCUGCGCGUGCCACGAAAGGCCGAGGUUCUGGAGUACCUGGACGCGCGCGGCCCCGCACCGCGCAGAGAGGCGACAGUAGUGGUCUUCUACGGAACCAAGGGCUACAUUAAAGAGUAUGCGGUGGGACCACUGCCCAACCCCAACUCCCACCGCGACGUGACGCGUGAGCGCUACGGCACCGAGCUGCCGCUGAGCGCGCGCACUGUCACCGUUGGAGAGUACAUUAUUCUGUUCAAGUUUCUGGAGGAGAAUGUGUUCCAGCCACUGUCACAUCUCAUGCUGGAGAGCUUUGGCAGGGACCACAAGCACGAGCUCAAUGCAUUUGAGCAGAUGCCGCGCGGAACACGUGCAGGAGAGCGCAAGACUUGGAUCUCGUUUUUCCGUGACCUGAGCGGCAUGUACAUCCAGCCCGUGGGCUUUGAGGUGCUGGUGAACCACCAGAGCAUCAACUCAUCACAGUGGCGCGUGGAGAGAGUGCUUUACAACGGUCAGUACUUUGCGUCAGUGGACGCGCUGCGGGAUGCGUACAGCGCGGGCACCGUGAAGAAGAUCGUCAAGGCGCCGUGGAAGGACUACGGCUCCCUGAAGCCCCGGACCAAAUCCCUGCAGCUCGGACCGCAGCUCGUGAGCCCCGAGGGCGCGCGCUACAGCGUGAGCCACAACCACGUGCUGUACAUGGACUGGAGCUUUGCCUUCGGGCUCAGCUCGCUCACUGGCAUGCGCGUGUUCGACGUGCGCUUCAGAAACGAGCGCAUCCUUUAUGAGCUGAGCGUGCAGGAGGCCAUGUCCGUGUACGGCUCAGUGACACCGGGGCUGGGUAUGACCAAGUUCCUGGAUUCCAGUAUCGGCAUCGGGCGUUUUGCGCAUGAGCUCGUGCGCGGCGUGGACUGUCCAUAUGAGGCUACGUACGUGGACACGUACAGGUACAUAGACGUGUCACAGCCCAUGCGCUUUCGGAACUCCAUCUGUAUCUUUGAGCUGUACCUGGGCCAGCCUCUGCGCAGACACUUUGCGGACUUCUUCCACAACAGUUACGGCGGAAUGGCGAACAGUGCGCUCGUCUUCAGGACCAUCACCGCCAUCGGAAAUUAUGAUUAUAUGUGGGAUUUUAUUUUCUACCAGACCGGCGCAGUGGAGGCCAAGGUGCACGCGACAGGAUACAUCUCCUCGUCUUUCCUCGUCCCGGGCAAUCUCAAACACGGGCACCAGGUGGCGCCAAACGUGCUCGGGAACAUACACACGCACUUCAUCAACUUCAAAGUGGACCUGGACGUUGCAGGAGUGAAGAACAUGUUCCAGACCAAAGACAUGGAGUACAAGAACAUAUCUCUGCCCUGGAUACCCGAGCAUCACGCCAUGGUCCCUCACCUGGUGGAGAAGACUGUGCACACUGAACAGGAGGCUGCUCUGCGUCACGGCUCGAAGACUCCACGGUACCUGCACAUCUCCAGUAACCAGACCAACCGCUGGGGCCACCCACGCUCCUACAGGCUGCAGGUGUACAGCUUCGCCGGGGACCACCUCCCUGAGAGUCAGCCUGAGGAGAGAUCCAUGUCCUGGGCCAGAUACAAAGUGUCCAUCACCAAACACAAGGACCAGGAGCAGACCAGCAGCAGCCUCUACAGUCAGAACAACAUGUGGAGUCCAGCGGUGGACUUCAGCACUUUUAUCCAGGACAACGAAAACAUCCUCAACCAGGACCUGGUUGCCUGGGUGACGGCUGGUUUCCUCCACAUCCCUCAUGCAGAGGACAUCCCUAACACUGUUACCGUGGGAAACGGGGGCGGAGUCCUGCUGCGGCCCCAUAACUACUUUAACGAGGACCCGUCCAUUGACUCUCCUGACAGCGUGUACCUGGGCCCCGGCUCCGAGAGCAGCUGUGACACCAAUCGCAUGGCCUGUCUGGCCCAAGAGACCUGUGCCCCGGAAAUGGAACCCUUCACCUACCACGGCUUUGAGGGCGUUAUGAAGUUUGAAGACUAACAGAAUGUGAUACGUGUCCAGAAACGUGAACUCUUUUAUUUGAUAUUGUAACGUUUGUAAAUGUCCAAAAUCAAAAGGGAAUCACCAGCACCACCCACAUAGAUCAGAAGCACCGCCACACUGUAAGCCGUCCAGAGAUGCCCACUGAGCAUCGCUACAGGGAACCAAUGCCUGACGAGGUUUUAGAUGUCACCCGUGCAUGUUUGAGUAAUCUAGCAAUCUCUCCUGAAAUUCUCCAUAAAUAUUCAAAAACAUGAUAUAAAACUGUAGACAAGAACUUGGCCAACUUCAGUACUUAUGACUUAUGAGUUAGUACUUCAUUAGCAGGAUGCACACUGACUGUGUUAUGAUAGUGCUCUGAAGGGGGAGAGACAUAGUGCAGAGAGCAAAGAGAAAGUGAAACUUAGUAAAUAUAUUAAUAUGUCGAUGAUGGUGAAUACAGCAUGUUCAAAAAAGGUAACAUGGUGAAUAUGUGGUGUGUUAGCAGUUAACCCCCCACAGCUCUUUAACAAGAGGGUGGAAUUUGUGUGAAGCAAGAGCCCUGACCGUCAUCAAACUAAGAUACUAACUAACUAACUAAAUGCAAAGAUAAAUACAGUAAGACUCUGAGCCUUCAUGUUGCACUGUGAACCUUUAGUGUGAGUAAUCCUCCACUGAAAGUGUCUGUGAAUACAGUUACUGUUGGAUCUGUCAGUGAGUGUGUAUGAAGAUGUGCCUGUGAGUACGACAAAGACUGUGAGCUGUGAAACACGUCUGAGAUACACUGAAAUCAAUACUCUGUUGUUUCUUCUUAAAGUAAAAUCCACAGUUCAGAGCUUUUAACCAUGUUCUAGUUGUUUCCCCUCACCAUUUGCUCACCUGUAGCUGUAUUUGGAGUACUUUGUGCAGCUUGAAUCACUUAUCUUCAAGACAGUAGAUGCCUGUUUUCACCUCACCAGUACAUGCACACUGCUCUAUACUUUGUUCUUCAAUUUUACUUUCUUAAUCUGUGAUACACAUAGGAAUCUGGAGCAUCAUUUUG